GUUUUUUCAUCCGACCAUUCUAUAAGAUGAUGCUAGGAAAACAGAUCUCUCUUAAAGACAUGGAGUCUGUGGACAGUGAGUACUACAACUCUCUGAAGUGGAUUCUGGAGAAUGAUCCCACUGAACUGGACUUGAGGUUUUGCAUUGAUGAGGACAAUUUUGGGCAGACCUACCAGGUUGACUUGAAGCCCAGUGGCUCAGACAUGGUGGUCACCAAUGACAACAAGAAGGAAUACAUAGAUCUCGUCAUUCAGUGGAGAUUUGUCAAUCGGGUCCAGAAGCAGAUGAACGCUUUCUUGGAGGGCUUCACUGAGCUCAUUCAAAUAGAUCUGAUCAAGAUCUUUGACGAAAACGAACUGGAG